GUGUGAACCUGACUGAUGUCCUGUCUCCAUGCCAACCAAAGUCUCAGGUCGAGGUAAACCUAAACCCUCCUGUCAGAAGGUGACCUUUCUGCCCCAAUCUAAACUCUACAGGAAUAUGCCCGGCCUGCACGAUGGACUCCAACAGCACCGAGUUGGGCCUGUACUCACCAUCCGACGCCCUGGGAGUGGGAAUCUACCCGGCAUCCACUCUGUGGCCACUGCUCCAGAACACAAGCCUCAUCAACCUCAGUGCUGUUUUCAAGCUCAAUGGGAGUGAUGUCGAGGUUGAAGGUCAAUCCUAUGAUCCUCUGGGCGGCCACUCGCUCUGGCAGGUCAUUCUCAUCGUUGUCUUUACAGGACUGCUUUCCCUUAUUACUAUUAUCGGCAACAUCUUGGUCAUGGUGUCGUUUAAGGUCAACCGCCAGCUCAAAACGGUUAACAAUUACUUCCUACUCAGUUUAGCCGUGGCAGAUCUCAUCAUUGGGGUCAUCUCUAUGAACCUGUACACUGCCUACAUUGUCAUGGGCCAGUGGGCAAUGGGACACUGGGCGUGCGACCUCUGGCUAGCAAUAGACUACGUAGCCAGCAAUGCAUCCGUCAUGAAUCUGCUGGUCAUUAGCUUUGACCGGUAUUUCUCCAUCACAAGGCCUCUGACGUACCGUGCCAAACGUACCACCAGGCGGGCAGGAGUGAUGAUUGGCCUGGCAUGGUUUGUGUCGCUCAUACUUUGGGCUCCUGCCAUUUUGUUCUGGCAGUAUUUUGUAGGAGAAAGAACGGUUCCACUGGAUAAAUGCUACAUUCAAUUUCUCUCAGAGCCCAUAAUUACAUUUUGCACCGCGAUGGCGGCUUUCUACCUGCCGGUGACGAUAAUGAGUGUUCUGUAUUGGCGAAUAUACAAGGAGACAGAGAACCGUUCUCGGGAACUUGCAGGAUUACAAGGCUCGGUUGGAAGGUUCGGAGGUGUCGAGCGGCCGCACUUCCACCUCCACGCCACUGGGGGGAGCUCUAGAAGCUGCAGCAGCUUCGAACUGGGCCAACCUGGCCACAAACAAAGCUCCGUUCAUGGCCUGAGUGGGCGAUUCCACUGCUGGGGGUGGAAGGCGGGUGGCAGGGAUAAAGGUGGGCCGCACCGGGAGGCGGAUCAGAGCAGCAGCGACAGCUGGAACAACAACGACGCUGGACUGUCAGUCGACCACUCGGGCUCAUCUGACGAUGAUGAGAGCGCGCCAUCCACCACGCGGGCGAUCUUCUCCAUCGUUCUCAGUCUGCCUGGCAUGAGGGCAGCUGUAAACUCCCAGGUCACUUCUUGUGAGGAUCUCACUGAGGAAGGUCCAUUACGGUCCCCUGUGGAGAAUGAUGGCAGGGAUGGCAGCAUCUCCCGCUCCGUCACAAACGGGAACAAGCGGUUUGUCGGAAGCAUGAGUAAAGUUCAGUCAAUGUCCGGCAUACAGCCAUCAAUGGAUCCAAACAUUGAUGGCACCAACACAACCGUCAAAUCCCCCUCAGCGCCCAUAACUUUCAAAGAGGCAGCUCUAGCAAAACGUUUUGCAGCUCGCACAAGAACGCAAAUCACCAAGCGGAAGCGUAUGUCGCUAAUAAAAGAAAAGAAAGCGGCGCAAACUCUAAGCGCCAUCCUUUUUGCUUUCAUUAUUACAUGGACGCCUUAUAACAUCAUGGUGCUAGUAAACACUUUCUGUAAUGGCUGCAUACCUGAGAACCUCUGGGCACUAGGCUAUUGGCUAUGCUACGUUAACAGUACAGUAAAUCCUAUGUGCUAUGCCCUUUGCAACAAAACUUUUCGUAGCACUUUCAAGAUGAUCCUGCUUUGUCGCUGGGAUCAGAAAAAAAGCAAGCCAAGCUUUCCACAAAGACAGGCUGUGAGGUUUCACAGGAGCAUACCGACAGACUCCACAUAACAACCUGGUGGCGAAGCUAAUUUGCUAAUGCUAAAAUGUAAGUUUCAAGGGGUGAUUCCUCAAGUAUCUGUACUAUAUAAUGAAGCUUUAAUGUGUGAGUCUCAAUGUGGAUGUGUAGUUCUGUCACUUAUGAUUCCGGGUCACUAGAUUGUAACAUUUUAAGACACUGGUUUAGUGUACAAAGAGCUUCAGUGAUACUGAAGCACAACUGAGCAAGUGCAAUUGCCAUCAGUACUUCCUGUGGACUUUUAUAUGCCUUUUACUAAAUCAGCAGUGCCAACUUUCAGGAGUUCAGCAGUGACAUAUAAAAAGUACAUUUGAAAGGAGACUGUAUUUUGAACCUCAGAGAGCUGAUCGGAUGUGAUGCUCUCAAUUACUUGUUUGAAUAUUUUGGGGUUGAAUAUUAAAUAUCUAAUUUUUGUCAGUGAACAGAAACUAAAAUGUGAUUUUUAAAUAAGGUGAUGUAUAUCAAAGUAUUUACGGUGAAGAUAUUUCUUUUUUUAAGUGAAAUUUGCUGAUUUGCGUGAAAGCGUGCCACACAGAGGUUCAGUAUCUUUGCUGUCUUGGUAAGUGUAAGUGUUCUAUUCAUAAAAAGCACUUCCGUAAGCUGCUCUUGUAUAAAGCGUGGUUGUUUACAUUUGUUUUGCUACAAGUAUUUUAAUAGCUAUUAUGUAGGUUUUCAGUGCACAUUGAAUAUGUUUGUAUACUUUGGAAUGCCUUAUGUUUGGACUUUGAGAUUGUGCACUGAAUAUACUGGGCUAGCUGUGAAAUCAUUUAUGAAACCUAAAGAAUGUUUUAACUGUUUAAUGGACAUUCAGAUUUUGACAUUAGUGCGUUGGAACAUAAUUCCAUUUACAACCAAACUGCUUGCUGUCACCACCACAUUUGGGAAUGCCAGGCUUUAACAUAACAAGCCAAUAUAGUUUCCUAAAGCAGCUGCAGAUUUGCUUCAUAAAAAGCACACAAAAUACAGACCUAUCAAUCAAACAUGCGUCUUUCUUCAAAUAUGGGCUCCUUUGGCACUGUGGUAAAAUUAAAAUCACUUAAAACACACUUUUUCCACACAUUUUAUUUAAUUUGCCUACUAACAAUGUCCAACAGUGGUCUUAUUUCUAAAACAUCAUGUAUAUGUGUGAUUUCCAUCACAUCUCAAAUUAUGUAAUUAAUAACAAUAAUAAAGAUUAUUAACAUUCUGUGAUGGAAAUGGCAUUUUAAACAUUUAUGGAAUAAAUGGCCUACUCCCUUUUCAUCCUAAAGCUAAUUUCAUAGCAUUUUCUGGAUCCUAAAAACACACAAUUAAAUAACAUUCUUCACAAAUAUUAAAGCUUGAUUGGAAAUUAGACAAAUUUUACACUUGCCAUUCAUUUCCAACCCUAGUGUUUUGAAGAAAUAUGAAUGAUUGCCUGAUUUGUAACUGAUUUGUAUUAGAGUAAAGAAAUUAUAUGUUUUUAUGUUUUACAUUGCAAACAAUGGCUGUAUGUUUUGUAAGGCCUUGUAAGAUCAAAGUUAAAAUUGAGCUUCUGUGCAUUGUGUUGUUUGUGGCUGUGCUCUCAUUUUGUUCCAAAUUGGCUGUGUACAAGUUAAAUGAUAGAGUUACUGUCAGA